AUGUAUGAGGACUGCAAGGAGUCCACUGGGGACUAUUACUUCCUCUGUGACACUGAGGGAGCAUGGGGCAUCGUUCUGGAGUCCCUGGCAGCAGUUGGCAUAGUGGUCACAGUUCUGCUGCUCCUGGCAUUUCUCUUCCUCAUGAGAAGGGUCCAAGACUGUGCCCACUGGAAUGUCCUCCCCACCCAGUUCCUCUUCCUCCUGGGUGUGCUAGGGCUCUUUGGCCUUGCUUUUGCCUUCAUCAUCCAGCUCAAUCAGCAGACUGCCCCCAUCCGCUACUUUCUCUUUGGGGUCCUCUUUGCUCUCUGCUUCUCGUGCCUCUUGGCUCACGCCUCCAACCUGGUGAAGCUGGUCCGGGGUCGAGUCUCCUUCUCUUGGACGACAAUUCUGUGCAUUGCUAUUGGGGUCAGCCUGUUGCAGACCAUCAUCGCCAUUGAGUACGUGACUCUCAUCAUGACCAGGGGUGGCAUGUUUGUGCACAUGACACCCUAUCAGCUCAACGUGGACUUCGUGGUCCUCCUGAUCUACGUCCUCUUCCUGAUGGCCCUCACGUUCUUUGUCUCCAAGACCACCUUCUGCGGCCCUUGUGAGAACUGGAAGCAGCACGGCAGGUUCAUCUUUGUCACGGUGCUCGUCUCCAUCAUCAUCUGGGUGGUGUGGAUCUCCAUGCUCAUGAGGGGCAACACACAGCUCCAGCGGCAGCCCCAGUGGGACGACCCCGUCAUCUGCAUCGCCCUGGUCACCAACGCGUGGGUUUUCCUGCUGCUGUACAUCGUCCCGGAGCUGUGCAUUCUCUACCGAUCAUGUCAGCAGGAUUGCCCCCUGCCAAGCAAUGCCUGCCCGCUCCCGACUUACGAACGCAGCUUCAGAGCAGAGACCCAGGAGCUCUCAAGAGCCCGAGACAGUGAUGGCGCUGAGGAGGAUGUAGCAUUAACUGCGUAUGGUAGCCCCCACUCAGCUGCAGAUGGUAAACAAGAUACUUCUGUAGCCUCUUCCUCAGAAUAA